GGGUGCGGCAGUCUCUCCGGCAGGUGCUGUUUCUGAUGGCCCGGAGACCUGGUCUACUCUGCGGGACUAUCGUGCUCGGCGUGCUGCUCUUACUGGCCGUCAGGUUCACGUGCAGAUGCUGCUAAUCGAUUGAUAAACCAUCGGAGCGCUAAAGGACACCAGAUUUAUUAAAAUCUGAAGCGAAUGGUAAAAUCCUCGUUUUAUUUCGUUCUCCAGUCGUGCUAAAGAUGUGGUGGCGGCAGCUCGGCCUCCGGUGCGGUUCUUCUCCGCCGAGGCCCCGGUAGUGGACCUCUACCUGGGCCAGCUGGACCAGGUUGAGCGUCUCAGGAGUGUGGCCGAGGUGUCCCUCGUCUUCUUCUAUGCGCCGUGGUGCGCUCACUCCAUGGCCGCGAGGCAGGAAGUGCAGCAGGUGGCUAAGAGGCUGGCCAAACAGGUGCAGUUCGUGGCUGUUAACUGCUGGUGGAAUCACGGGAAAUGCAGGAAGCAGAACCGCUUCUAUCAGUACCCGACCAUCCAUCUGUUUUACAGAAGGUUCGGCCCGAUCGAGUACAAGGGUCCGGUCGUGGCUCCGUAUGUAGAGAGUUUCAUCCUCCGAGUCAUCACGCCGCUCACGUACCUCCCAUCAAGAGCCACGCUGGAAGAGUUCCUCUCCUAUCACGAGCCUCGAGUGGUGGGUUUCUUCCAGUUCGACGCCUCUCCUCAGCCGGCGGGGUACAUCACAUAUCUGUCUUCCGCUCUGCAGGCACUAAAAAGGGAUUUCCGUGGCGUCGUGCGUUUCGGGGUCGUGACCAACAGACGGGUGGCCGAGGCCAUCUCGCUGAAAGAAGACGAAGCGGUUUAUCUGUACAGAAGAUUUAACUCCUCUUUGAUUUUCCCUCGACGGGAACGCAACUUCACGUCGGAGAACAUCUGCAGCUGGGUGUUCGAACACCGCGAGACCGUCCUCCAGUGGCUGCAGCCUCCGGGGACAAAGUCCCGCCUCCUGGAACACGAGCUCACCAAAGGUCCGGCGCUGCUGCUGUUCCUGCCGCACAACCCACUCGGGUCCACACCCAGCCUCCUACUGCAGCAGGUUGCAGACGUUGCCGUGCGUUACCAUUCCUGCGACGACGACAACCCUCCCUCCUCCGGCUUGGACGCGAGUUCCUCCUCCCGUUCGCCGUGCUGCCAAUCCGUCCUCCUCCCAGAAUCCAGUGCGAGCGUGUGCGAGAUGUGCCUGAGCGCGUCCAGCUCCUCGGCGCGCUGCUCGUUCUCCUCCGCGGCUCAGGGCGGAGACGCGCUGCGGCCUUUCCUCCGACACUGCUGCCUCCGGCGGGCGGCAGGCCGCUGCAGCAACCUCCUGAACGGCUACAGCCCGUUCAGUCAAUACAGUGCCUGCUGCAAAGGAAAAGCGGAACCUCGACUCGACCAAUCACAAGCCAAAGAAGAGCCGGGCUCGCGGGGAGCUCCCCGUACGCCUCCGCCUCCGUCCUCCUCCACGCCUCCGUCCUCCUCCGCCCCCCGGCCGGCAGGAGACGGCAUCGCGGGGCUGCGGUGUCGGACCAACCGGACGCUCAGGUUUUACGUGCUGGACGCGGCUCUGAACUGGCCUCUGGCGGCGAGGCUCGGGGCGGCGGGCAACGGGAGCCGUGACGCGGGGGCCCGAGGCGACGGGUCGUUCACCGCCAUCGUGAACCUGAAGGACGAGGUUCAUUACGUUCUCCGCCGCAGCCCGGCGGCCACGCUCACCGAGUCUCUGGAGGCCUUCAUCAGGAACUUCAGCGCUCCGUACAGCCUCUUGCAGAGACACCUGGUGGGAGAAGAAGACCGGAGAGGAGGAGGAGGAGAGGAGGAGGAGGAGGAGGACAAGCAGCGCUCUCAUCCACACCUUCUCGUCACAGAACUGACCACUGCCUCCUUCCUGCCCUCCGUCAUGGACCUCCAAAAGGAUGUGCUGCUGUUCUACUACACUCAGUGGUGUGGAUUUUGCUCCGUUCUCAACCACGUCAUCAUCCAGCUGGCCAGAUUAUUACAGGGAAACAGCACCAUCACUGUGGCUAGGGUGAAUGUUGCGCGUAAUGAUCUUCCUUGGGAGUUCAUGGUGGAUCACGUUCCCUCUAUUCUUCUGUUUCCCAAAUACAGAAAACACUCGAGUGUGAAGUUUCCUGCCGACCUGCCCAUCACGUUACCCAACCUGCUUCACUUUAUCCUGCAGCACGCCGACCAACCGGCGGCGGCGGCUUCUGGCGAGUCCGGCGGCGGCGGCGGCGCCGUCCUCCGCACCGAGUUCCUGGCGCUCCAGCGAGAGGUCCAGGCGCUGCGUCGCGCCCGCGAGCGUCUCUCCCAGCAGCUGGCGCAGAUGUGGCGCGACGACCGGCGGCUGGCGUUCGAGGCCCUCGGCGGCUCGGAGGCCCAGAGCGCCGAGCUGCGCGGGGAACGGCGGCGCGUGGAGGAGCGGCACCGGGAGACGAGCCGGCGGCUCGGGGAGGCGGCGGGCCGGCUGCAGGAGCUGGCCGACGCCUCCCAGAGCCCGGCGGGCGAGAACACGCUGCUCGGGCUCCUGCUGAGGGUGCUGAAGGACACGACGGAGGCCAAGGGGCACCCGGAGGUGCAGAGGAAGGAGGCGGAGCCUAAAAGAAGCCAUAUGGCCUCCUGAUCUGUCCGAACAAUAAACAAAACAACCCGAAGACUGCUGCUCGGACAGAUAAGGAGACACUUUAAAAAAGAAGGUGGAUGGUUUGUGAGACGUAAAACGUCGUCGGGCUCAUACACGAGGAUGAGAAUCCAGCUCCAACUGUGCUUUAAAAAAAAAAAAAAAAGUCAUUUCUGUCGAAGACGUGACUCGAGUUAAAAUGUUCUCCGCGGAUCCUGCAGCCCGGUUCUGUGGGUUCCCCCCGAGGGACCGUUAAUUCAAAUAAGAGAACAAACAAACAUUCGAGGGGGUUUAAAUACCCCGUAGCUUACUGCACCCGUUCACAAGGUAAAUUAUAUAUAUAAUAUAAUUUCCACAUCACUAAUUCUAUCGACCGAGUCGUGUUGUACUCGUCACUUUUUUAUUAAUUCCAUUUUUCGUUAUAUCUGGGGUUUUCUUUUUGUAUUCUUAAUUAAUUCCAGUUCCUUUCUUUUUGCCUUCCUCCUGAUCAGUGUGACACUUCCUGAUGUUUUUUUUGUUUUUAUCACAUUAAAAGCCUACGACCUAAAAUAAAAUGAUGCCAGAGGAAGUUAAAUUAAAGAAGUCCCAAUAUUUUA